AUGGCUGCUCCAAGGAAUACCUUUACUCUAAAGGUUGGCUCCAACAGCCUGUCUGCCGCAAUCAACAUCAAGAAGACGGUGGAGAGAAUGGAGGGGGUGGAAAAAGUUGAAGCAAAUCCCCAGCAGAGAAGGGUGGUGAUCACCGGAACUGUACGCCCCGACAAAGUUAUAGCCACGCUUCACAACAAUCUUGGGAUAGAAGCAGAGCUUUCGCCCUCCACAUCCAUAAGACCUCCACAGCCGGCGAGUACGUUUACUCUAAAAGUUGGCUCCAACAGCCUGUUAGCCGCAAUCAACAUCAAGAAGACGGUGGAGAGAAUGGAGGGGGUGGAAAAAGUUGAAGCAAAUCCCCAGCAGAGAAGGGUGGUGAUUACUGGAACUGUACGCCCCGACGAAGUUAUAGCCACGCUUCACAACAAUCUUGGGAUAAAAGCAGAGCUUGAGCUUUCGCCCCCCACAUCCAUAAGACCUCCGGCGGCGGCGGCUGUUCCCAGGGAUGGUUGUGAGAUUGUUGUUGGGCAAUCGUCAAACGCCGUUAAUCCCCUGCUGGGUGAUGUGAACAAGGUGGCGCAAGACGUUGGACAACUGCGCAGGAUGGUUCCAGGGCUGGCAGGUGUGAAGAUUAGUAAUCAGAUUGUGAGUAAUAGCAUAGAGUUCAGAUUCAACUCGAACUAA